CUGUGACUGUCUCUUAUUACGAAAUAAUCUAGGCUUUGGCUGACAUGAGAUCUAUCAACCUUUUCGGGGUUCAACAAAUAUGUCGGAACACUAUUGCAGUGGAACAGGCCAUGGCAGCUAUUCCAUAUAUCGAUAGUGAAACCGUACAACAGAACCUAGAUCGUGUCCGUACUUACUUUGAACUGUUAAACAUGCCAUUCGAAGCAUUGCUCGCUUUCAUAGCAGAACACGACCAAAUGUUUACACCCACAGAGUAUUCCAAUCUUCUGAAGGUCAAUGUUCCUGGAAGAGAUACCCCUUCAGAUGCUCAAUCACGCCUUUUGGAAAUUCUUUCUCACUAAUGUCAACUCCUCGAGCCAUUCACGGAUUACCGUGAUUAAACGAAAGCUUCUCCAGCAGCCAAUUUGUUACAUGAUUUUCAUAAGCUGCAGUAAAAUCCUAAUGGUAAAAUCCUUAAGGAGAAGCAGGAGACAUAAAAUGUAUAUCUUCUUAGUGCCACAAGAGUUUGGUUUCGUGAGUAUCUCAAUUUUUCAUUUUUUUUUUUGUUUUGUUCUUUUUUAACUCGUCUAGUUUCGUGAGUAUUUUUGUCUAAUGCGGAACCAAGACUUUUCUUUGAGAGCUUUGUUUUGUGAAAAUUCUUUGGUAGAGAUUUUCCGUUGUAUAAAACCUUCCAAGGUAAGUCCAUAUUCUUCCAAGUGAAAACAAAAACAGAGAGAAAGCCACGAAAUAUUUUACUA